CCGUAGAAGUUUCUUCGUCAUUACAAGGGCAGUAUAUAAAUAACUGACCUCGGAAAGAUACAGAGAUGUAACACUUACGUAAAAUAGUGACGCAACUAACGUACGUCUGUGGGGAAGGGUUCACAACAUCACUGACUGCUUAUUCUGUGCAGAAACGGUUGGAACGAAACUGAUCUAAACUGUAAUCCCUCUAAAGAACGAUACGAUUCGACUGAAAGUUUUUCAUCCAAUAAAAAUUUAAAAAAUUUAUUGAAUUGGAUUAAAAUUUUUCUUGAAACGAUGGUUUAUGAAAGUGAUUUCUACACGACUCGACGCCCGUAUCGGCCUUCGUACUCAGCAACUAUGGUACAAACAUUCCAUCAUCUACCCUACAUUGCUCACAAGAAGCUCGUUACAGUGAUUCAUACACCUCAUCCAGCUAUUUAUCAUAACACGACUGAUACCCAACCAAUCAAGAUCUAUUCACGAGUUCGCCCUAGUGUGAUUACUGCUGAAUUACAAAGGAUACGGAAUCAAAUACGGCCUACUAGUAUUUCUUAUGUGUCGAGAUACCUUAACUCGAAGGACAACAUUAUAUUUGAUGAUGAAGCGAGAGAAAUACGGGCUAGAGCUGAUUCUAUUCUACGUCGCAUCCAUGUUUAUGUUCCACGACCAUCAGCAAGUGAUUUUGUAGAAGCCAUCGUGCCUGAACGUCUGCGGAGUGAUGAUUAUAUCCGACGUAUAUUAACAGCCCGGAAAAAUACAAAAGAAGAGAAAACUGAUAGUUGGUAUGGAUCACCGGAACAUCGUCAUCUUGGAAAUGGAAAUCUCGCUGCGAUAACGUACAGUGCUGGGAAACCGAUUUCGCGUAGACGACCAUAUUACAAAGUUUCGGAUUUACGUCCAGCUGACAUUCAAAACGAUGUGAAUUUGCUCAGUUUCUACGCAAAACAUCGACAUGCAGCAGCAAGCAUCCAUCCUGAUACAUUGAAUAUUGAACCGGAAAUUAUGGAUGUUUACUCGUCGGAAAGUUUACAUAAAUGUUCGAUACAAAAUAAAGAAGUCGUAAUUAAAUCCAAUGAACAAGCACUAAGUAAAUCAAUUGUUUCCGAGCCUGAAGUUAUCAUGAAUAUAAAUCAUCAUGAUGAAACGUACGAUGAAGAAAUAGAGCCUAAAUUGGAAUCUUUUACUGGCUCGAGAUUGGAAAAGAUUUCAGAUAUCAAAUUAGAAAUAAUAUUACCAAAUAAAAAUGAAUGCUCAGUGGGUGAAUCAAAUACAAUAGAUAUUAAUUAUGUAAGAGAGUCGAAAAAAAAUACACAGAUAUUGAACGGAGGCAAUAAUGGAAUUUAUCCGUUGAAAUUUCCAUUUAUGAGCGGAAAGAUUCCAGAAGUAAAUGAAAUCAAUUUUGAGAACCAUGUAUCAUCAUCUGAUCACCAUUCAAUGCUACAUCAAUCUAUCACUUCCAAAAAUGGAAAAAAUUUCAGCACUAAAUCGAGUGAAGUCGAUCACCAACGGGUUAAUGAUAAUCCUAAUGUAUUGCAGCGGAAACUCGAUGAAGAUGAGUUGAGAAUGCAAAUAAAUGAACUUAAAAGGCAAGCUGAAAUACAGAAGAAAGAACAGAUUGAGAAGAUCAGAUUGGCCGAAGAAAGAUGGAAAGCAGAAAUUGAAGAACGCGUACGUCUUGAAGAAGAAGCUCGUCAACUUCGGUUACUAGAGAUAGAUGAUCAAGAACAGGUUGAAGAAUUCAGGCGAGCUGAAGAAGAAAAGAUCUUAGCAACACGAUUACAUGAAAAGAACGUCGCAGAGGAAGAAAGAUGUGCUGUCGAAGCUGAGAAUAAAAAAAAAAAAAAUUUGGAAGCAAAUGAAAUCACUCAUGACACUCGCAAACAAAAAGAAGAAGAAGAAACAGUGGGAGAAGAAUUAAGUUUUGAUGAAAUUCUCCCUGUUGGAAACAAUUUUACGAUCACUGAACUCAAAUCAGAUGAUGAAUGCCAUUGCUACCAUGAUUUCAAUGAUCAAGAUUUCGAAGAGAGGCCGGAAAGCCCUGAUGCUGAUGAUGACACUCAGAUCGAAGAAGAACCAGAUUGUGAACAAAUAGAACAUGUAGAAAAUGCUCAUUUGUGUGAUGAAGAUCACGAAAGUUUCAACAAUUUGUGUUUAAAUAAUAUUAUUCUAGAAUCGACUAUAGUAUCAGAAACAUCAUGAAUUUUAAGUUAUCUUUUAAUACAAUAAUUUCGAUAGGCCAUUAAUAAUGUCAAUUAACCAUAAGAAUAUUUACAUUUGAUUGUGAAAGAUGUUAUUUCUGAUACUCUCAUGUUUUGAAUAGGGUUCAGUGCAUACAAACAUAUAUUCUUUUAAAUUUUCAAAAAUUUUCUUCAUUAGAAGCAACAAACGAUUGAAGAUUCGAUUCCAUGGCGGAUAUACAAAGUCAGAGUCUCAUUAUUUAUAAAUUAUUGAAGAUACAGAGUAGCGAAAGUUACGUCUAUCUUAAGAUAGUGUAACCAGAAUUGAAAACAGGAGUGAAACAUCUAUAUAAUUUACUUUUCAGUCCAUUAACGAUGAGGGAUAAUCUAACUCUAUAAGAACUUUUUACAGCGUAUAUGGUAUGUUGUACGGUUAUCUUUCUAUGAAUACAAGGUGAGAAUUUGAGUCGAGUUUGAUUGUAGGUUAGAGAAAACGGUCAUAUAUAUAUUCUAAUUUAUCAAACGCUAGGGGUAAUUUCACCACUCUGUGACUCCGGAAGUUGUCAAUUGAAUUGAGUAACAAGCUGUAAUCCUUAUCUCCCAAGAUGUGAAUAGAUGAUAAGAUGAUAAAUUUACCAGCUUGAAGAGGAAAAAAAUGUUCGAAAAAAUCUUGGAGAUAGUAAAAGGACGAAAUUAAUAGAAAGUUUUUGAAAUUAAUGUAGAUUUUCAAUUAUAGUUUCUUUAUUACCAAGUCGCGAAAAGACAAAUUCAAUUUCAGAAAGAGUAACGCUAAAGAGAUAAGUAGCAAGAGACUUAAAAACUAACUGAUACAGUUUGAAUAAGUACAAAGUGUCAGCAGUUGGACUGAAGUGAAAUAAUUAGAUAUUCCUUUAAAAACGGUAAUUAAUAUUAAGAUUCAUUGCAAAGAAAAAACAUUUCAACUUUUCCUACUAUUUUGAUUAUAAUGUUCAGUAAAACUUUUAACGUUUACUUGUUAUUUGCUUAUGUAAUAAAACUAUCUAGUUUAUAAUA